GCCGCUGCGCUUCCCUGCCCCGGGCGCAGCGAGCGGUGCGGCUGCGGGUCCGCGAGGCGCUGGGGGCCCGGGAGCCGGCUGGAGAGGUUAAAGUGCAGGGCUGGGUCCGCUCUGUCCGAUCCCAGAAGGAAGUUUUAUUCCUGCAUAUAAACGAUGGGAGUUCUCUGGAAAACCUCCAGGUGGUUGCUGAUCCCAGCCUGGAAAAUAGAGACCUGACUUUUGGAAGCGCAGUUGAAGUGCAAGGAAAACUGGUCAAAAGUCCUCAUAGGAAGCAAAAUAUGGAGGUGAAAGCUGAAACCAUCCAUGUGGUGGGACCUUGUGAUACUUGGUCAUUCCCCCUGAAAACGAAGGAGAGGCACCCGCUGGAGUAUGUCCGACAGUUCCCUCACCUGCGAUGCAGAAACAACACACUCGGCUCCCUCUUGAGAAUCCGCAGUGAAGCCACUGCAGCCAUCCACUCAUUCUUCCAGGAUAAUGGCUAUGUGCAUAUUCAUACCCCCAUAAUUACAUCAAAUGACUGUGAAGGUGCUGGGGAACUCUUUCAAAUUGAGAUGUCAAAUGAGGCAAGGGAAUCUGCGGAAAAGACCCAUUUCUUCAAUGUGCCUGCCUUCCUGACAGUUUCUGGCCAGCUCCAUUUGGAAGUGAUGGCAGGGUGA